AUGUUAGGACAGUUAAAAGUGAAAGAGAAGCAAGUGAAGGAAGAAAAAGUAGCAGCUGAAUCUACAAGAGAAGAAAUCAGAAAACAGUGUGAGGCAGAGAAAGAGAAAGUUAAGAGAAAGGCAAAGGAAGUGAUAGAGAGAGUAAAGAGAGAAGAAAAGAUGCUGAUAGAUGCCUUGGAUGAAAAUGCUAGGAUGGGACUGAAAGAUGCAACAAUGAAUAUCAAUGAGUGGGAAUUUCACCAUGGCAACAUAGUCAGCACACAUCAUUAUCUAGAAACACUGGUGCAUCAUGGGAAUUCUGUACACCUACUAUCUACCAAGUCAGAAACUACAAAGCGCAUAAAAGAGAUGGUUGCUAUGGAAACAAUACCACCAAUCAGUCAUGAUAUCAUUGAGUUCCAGCCCAGUAGUGACUUUGCUGCACAUGCAUUAAUAGGAGUGAUCAAAUCUGAUGUCUGUCCAUCCAAAUGUACAGUUGAAAACAUUCCAAAACAACUCAUGAAAGGUAUGCCUGUCAAACUGCUCAUCACAACCAGAGAUUUCAAAGGAAAAAAAAUCAUUCCCCGUCAAGAUGUCCAGGUGAAAACAAAGACCCCUGGUGCAUCAUGGGAAAACAUUGGCAUUACAGACAAUAACAAUGGGACAUAUCAUGUGAUGAUAACAGGAAAGACGGAAGGAAAACAUCAAGUUGCCAUGACGAUUGGUAACCAACAUAUACCAGGAUCACCAUUCCAUAUUCCUGUUAUCAUAGGAUUAGUACAGACAGUGAGAAACGCAGGAAGUGAAGGACAGCUCAGCAAUCCUGUGGGAAUAACCAUAAAUAAACAUGGUGACUUUGUCACAGCUGAUACCAGUAACAAUAGAGUGGUCAUACAUUACAGAGAUGGAAAUUACAAACAAUCAUUUACAUUCACUGGUCAGUUUGCAAAGACAUUCAGACCAUGUGAUGUAGCAAUAUCAGAUGAUAAUGAAUACUUUAUGACAGAUUACAAUAACAAACAAGUAGUUGUGACUGAUGAAUACGGAAAGUCAAUUAGAAAGUUUGGAAACUCAGAAAUGUAUGAACCACGUGGAAUUGCAGUUAACCCUGUUACUAAGAAUGUGUAUGUGAGUGAGUAUAGUAAGCAUUGUAUUAGAAAGUAUACACAGGGUCGUGUGUAUAUUAAGUCAUUUGGGAAAAGUGGAAAUAAGCAAGGAGAGUUCAAUACACCUUGCUUGUUAGCUAUUAACAGUAAAGGGAUGGUAUAUGUGCCAGAUUGGGGGAACCACCGUAUUCAGGUAUUCAAUUCUGAUGACCAGUUUAUGUUUGAAUUCUCUUCCACUGGUGACAGUAGAAUGAGUCAUCCAAAGGGAGUGGCUGUAGAUAAGAAUGAUUAUGUAUAUGUAAGCAGUAAUCAUAAAGUCACUAAGCAUGACAACUAUGGUCAGUUUAUUUGCAGGAUUGAUAGUGACAAGGAUGGACUGAGUUGGCCCUGUGGUGUAGCAGUGUGUAAUGAUGGUAGAAUAGCUGUAGUGGAUAACAACAAUAAAUGCAUCAAAGUGUUUGUAGAGUGAGGCUAAUUUUAAAGUUGGAGUAAAUUGGAAUCUACUGCCAACAAAGAAGCUUCACACUAGAUGUACUCACAUGUCAAGGGCAAAUAAAAGUAAGGGUGGGUAACAUUCUGAGAGAUGACCUUCA